GGCGGAGCCGUUUCACUCCGCAUGGUGCGGAAGUGAAACCGAGACGUGUGUGUGUGUGUCUGUGAGGCUCUGUUGGAGUAGCCUGUUGUACAAGAGUAGACAGCGCUGAGUGGAUUUUGGAGUUGAACAGUAGAUCGUUACAGGAGAUCUUCGCGGUGAACAUGGCGGGCGCUGAGGUGUACAACAGCACUACGGUGGAGGCCCGGGCGGUGAAGACUUUUUUGGUCCCCCACAAACUCCUGAGCGUCCCGAGAUUCGUCGUCAAAGUCGCGGAAGUGCUGCUGUCGUUCCUGGCCUUCGUGGUGGAGGAGGUGGUGAAAAGCUGUCUGAACUGCGGGCCGCUCUACUUCUUUGAGUUCAUCAGCUGCACGGCCUUCCUCUUCACGCUGCUCCUCCUCAUCCUCCUGGCCACCAAGCUCAACGGCAUGGUGGGCAUCACCUGCUGGCCCCAGCUGGACUUCUACUACACGGCCGCCAUCGCUCUCCUCUUCCUCCUGGCCUCCGUCGUCUUCGCUGCUGCCAACGGCGGGACGUCCCUGGAGUACGCCUCUGUGGCCUUGGGGUUCCUGGCCACCGUGGCCUUCCUGCUGGACCUCUUCCUGUUCUGGAGGGUCUCCGGUUUUCCCUGGAGGUCCAAGGAGACGGCGGUCGCCGGCAGCCCCACGCAGGCAGCUGCUGAGGUUGAGGCCCUCAACGCUUAGCCCAACUGAUUGGCCCCGGGGGGCCGGAGGGGAGGGGCUCUACACUAGUUACCAGGAAAUGACCCUCUAUAACCUCCCAUCGGCCCUGUCUGAGCUGGGUGUGGGUCAGCUACGCCUUCCCCUGGUCCCCCCCCCCCCCCCCUCUCUGGGGGUCCAUCGUGUCCCUGAGGUCACCGUCAUACUAACAACACCCCCCCCCCC